GUUGACGACGGCGCCUCGCUGCUCGUCCGUCCCCAUGUGGCAUGUGCCGCCGCCCUAGCUGGAGCUCCGUGCGCGCUCGUGGCUGGCUGUGCUACACUGAUACUUCAAUCGAUUGACCCCCAAGCACCAGUGACCGCUGCGACCACCGGCAGAGCAGAGGCUUCAGUUGCUUCACCCCAAAACGGGCAUUGCCUCCUCCGCGCUCACUCCAAGAAGCAACGGCACGCGCGCGCCCCACCGCAACCGUCCACCGCACCACGCCGGACCCUCCCCCUGAAUGCCCUGAUCCCAAUCCUUCCAUGCUGUGAGCCAGCGUGACCCACCGCAACAGGCGCGCUCCAUACUCUGCGCACAAUGCAGCGCCACUGAUCGACUGAACCUGCCUCUGCUCUCAGCUCCCAUCCCGUCGGUCGCGCGCUUCAUCCAUCUCCUGAUCGAGGCGGAUACCGAGCUCGCUCGAUCCGUAAUGUGGCGGCAUCUCGCGCUGGCGGUGCUCACCACCGUGCUGGCGGCGCCGCGGCCGGCAAUGGCGGGCGACCCCUACGCCUUCUUCGACUGGGACGUCUCCUACGUCACCGCGGCGCCGCUCGGCGUCAAGCAGCAGGUGAUCGGCAUCAACGGCAAGUUCCCGGGCCCUGUCGUCAACGUCACCACCAACUGGAACGUCGUCGUCAACGUGCUCAACGACCUCGACGAGCCGCUCCUCAUCACCUGGAACGGGAUCCAGCACCGGAAGAACUGCUGGCAGGACGGCGUGCUGGGCACAAACUGCCCCAUUCCCUCCGGAUGGAACUGGACCUACGAGUUCCAGGUCAAGGACCAGAUCGGCAGCUUCUUCUACUUCCCCUCCACCGCCCUGCAGCGCGCCGCCGGCGGCUUCGGAGGCAUCGUCGUCAACAACCGGGACGUCAUCGCCGUGCCGUUCGCCCGACCCGACGGCGACAUCACCAUCCUCAUCGGGGACUGGUACAACAGGAACCACACGGAUCUGAGGAAGAUGCUGGACGAGGGGAAGGACCUCGGCAUGCCGGACGGAGUGCUCAUAAACGGCAAAGGCCCCUACCGCUACAACGACAGCCUUGUGCCGGCCGGCAUCGGGCACGAGACCAUCGAUGUGCAUCCGGGACGGACGUACCGCAUCAGGGUGCACAACGUGGGCACGUCGACGAGCCUCAACUUCCGGAUCCAGGGGCACAACAUGCUGCUGGUGGAGACGGAGGGCUCCUACACCACGCAGCAGAACUACACCAGCCUCGACGUCCACGUCGGCCAGUCCUACUCCUUCCUCGUCACCACGGACCAGAACGCCACCUCCGACUACUACGUCGUCGCCAGCGCCCGCAUGGUCAACGAGUCCCUCUGGAGCCGCGUCACGGGCGUCGCCGUCCUCCGCUACUCCAACUCCGGCGGUCACGCCUCCGGCCCGCUCCCGGACCCGCCGCAGGACCAGUAUGACAAGACACUGUCCAUGAACCAGGCGCGGUCCGUGCGGUGGAACCUGAGCGCAGGCGCCGCGCGGCCGAACCCGCAGGGCUCCUUCCGGUACUCGUCCAUCAACGUCACGCAGGCGUACCUGCUGCGGAGCGAGGCGCCGGCGGAGAUCGGUGGACGGCGCCGGGCCGCGCUGAACGGGCUCUCCUUCUCCCCGCCGGAGACGCCGCUGCGGCUCGCCGACGCGUACGACGUCAAGGACGCCUACACGCUCGACUUCCCGGACAGGCCGGACGCUGCCGCGCGGCCCCGGAUCGCGCGGUCCGUCAUCAACGGCACGUACCGGGGAUUCAUGGAGAUCAUCUUCCAGAACAACGACACCAGGAUGCAGAGCUACCACAUGGACGGGUACGCCUUCUUCGUCGUCGGGAUGGACUACGGCGAGUGGACGGAGAGCAGCCGCGGCACGUACAACAAGGGGGACAGCGUGGCGCGGAGCACCGUGCAGGUGUACCCGGGCGCCUGGACGGCAGUGCUGGUGUCGCUCGACAACGUCGGGUUCUGGAACCUGCGCUCCCAGAACCUCGACUCCUGGUACCUCGGCCAGGAGGUCUACGUCAGAGUCGUCAACCACGAAGACGGCGCCAACAAGACCGAGAUGGCCGUCCCGAGCAACGCACUCUACUGCGGCCAGCUCCACAAGUACCAGAAGGAGCAGACUCCUCAUCACAAGAUGGCGGCGGCGUCUGCGGCGGCUCCGUCGCAGUCGGCCGUGGGGAGCCAGCUUGUCGCCGCGGCGAUGGUGCUCCUCGUCGGAGCCCUAACGCUCGCAUCUUAGCCAGGCACUGUGGAUCAUACGCUGUCAAGUGAGAUCCAGUGUAAGUCCCAUUUGUAGUAUAAUUUGUGUUUUCUAGUGCAAAAUUUGCAGCUAGGCGGGAUCUCGCUUGACAUUUUGGAGGCUCAGCUUGCUUCUCCGUAGAGGUGAUUUCGUUUGUGUAGGUUGCUCUGACACGAUUCGUUUUGCCUGUCAGAUAUGAGUGUGUGAAUGUACAAGGACUGUGCCAAGUUAA